AUGUCAAUCGCGCCACUAGCACUCUACCCACCCAAUCCGUCCACAACUAGAGCUCAAUCAGUUCAUAUUUCCUACGAUGAGGUCAACGAUCGUAUUGCCUACCCAACGGGUAAGUCUGUGUUCAUCAGAAGUGUGGAUCCAGAAUCAUCUUUGAAGCCCAAGCAAUUCUCUAAACAUAUCCACACUACAACAGCUGUCGCAUUUGCUCCUUCUGGUAACUACGUGGCAUCUGCUGAUGAGUCUGGAGCGUUGAAGAUCUGGGACUCGUCUGUUAUCGGCGAAGAUAGCAACACAAUCAGCUUCGAACAACCAACCAUCAAGAGUGAAUUCCAGAUUCUUUCGGGCCCCAUCAAGUCAAUAGCCUGGGAUUCUGACAGUUCGCGUGUUAUUGCAGUUGGGCAGGGUAAGGAUAAAUUUGGUCACUGUUUCUCAUGGGAUUCCGGCAAUUCAAUCGGUGAGAUCCAGGGCCAUUCGGCCACUGUCAAUGCUGUCGACAUCAAGCCUCAGAGACCAUACAGAGCUGCAACAGUUGGUGAAGAUAAGGCGUUAGUAUUCUAUAACGGUCCACCUUUCAAAUUCGACAAGAGUAUCCGUGGUCACCAUACCAAUUCUAUCAAGGCCGUCAAGUUCUCGCCUGAUGGAAAGUGGCUCGUAAGUGUAGGUUCCGAUAGAGCAAUUGUGGUAUAUGAUGGGAAGUCUGGCGAGUACAUUAAGAAGUUGGAAAAUGCCCACGAAGGUGGUAUCUACUCUAUCUCGUGGUUUAAAGACUCGCUGAAAUUUGUCACUGCUUCGGCUGACAACUCCAUUAAGCAAUGGAACAUAGACUCAUUAGAAUCUACAGCUGAGUAUAGAUUCACUUCAUCUAGCUCUAUAGACAAUCAGCAAGUUGGAGUCGUAGUUACCAAGGCUUACAUCAUCUCACUAUCGCUUAACGGAAAUCUCAACUACUUUAAGGAAGGUGAAUCUAAACCAUUUGCUGUCAUUCCUGGCCAAAAGUCGCCUUUGACUUCAGUUUCGUUGAACGGUCAAACCUUGUAUACUGGAGCUUCUGAGGGUCCCAUUUUAAAAUGGACUAUCGAAUCUGAGAGAAUCAAGACCAUCCCUGAUAGACUUGGGGAACAUUCAAACUAUGUAGUAGGCAUAUUGACAGAAGACUCCUAUGUUGUCAGUGCAGGCUGGGACGAUAAGUUGAACCUUUGGAGGGGGGACAAAUUAUCCAAAUCUGUCUCUUUGAAGGGACAACCCAAGCAAAUAGGUGUACUUCCGAAAUUGAUCGUAGUGUUGCUCGAGUCAUCUGUGGAGAUUUAUACAGAGGAAUUGGAAAAGAAAAUUGAGUACGACUUGGGGUUUGAAGCUACAGGGUUUGCCGCGAAGGAAGACUUGUUACUAGUUACAAAUGUAAAGACCAAUUCUGUUGAAGUGCUUUCUAUAGACGGAGAGAGUAUUAUCAAAUCAAACUUGAAAUUCCCCCCACUCCGUUCUCCUCCAAGCCUUAUUCGUAUUUCUCCUGAUGGAAAAUUCGUGGCUGUUGCAGACUUGACAGGAAAGUAUACAUUAUAUGAUACAAAAAGUGCCUCUGUUGUCACUACACGUUGGGCAUUCCAUUCUAGUAAGGUAAAUGAUGCCAAGUGGACUCCAGAUUCCCAAUUCAUCAUUAGUGGUGGGUUGGACACCGGCUUGUUUUUAUACUCCGUAAAGAAGCCUUCUAAGGUCUUGAAGUUUCCAUUGGCACACCAAAUUGGUAUUUCAGGUGUGGAAUGGUUGAGCUACGACGGAAAUAAGGGUCUGUUUGUUACAAUCGGUUUGGAUGGUGUCUUGAAAGUCUGGAACGUGGAUUUCAGUGUUUAUCUUUAGAUUUGUCGUUGACUUACAAUGGACUUGCUUAAGGGCUCUCAGAGAUGUAAGCUUGCAAUGUGUUUAGAAUCGAGUAUAGAAUAAAGAUCAUAGAACAUGACA